AUGUCGAAGUUUGGCGUGCUGGUAAUGGGCCCCGCCGGUGCCGGGAAAACCACCUUUUGCAGCGCCAUCAUCCAGCAGCUUCAAAAUACGCGCCGCAGUUGCUUCUACGUGAACCUUGACCCAGCCGCCGAAAGAUUCAACUACGAGCCGGACCUGGACAUCCGCGAGUUGAUCACCCUCGAAGAUGUUAUGGAGGAGCUGGAGCUCGGCCCCAACGGCGGCCUGAUCUACUGCUUCGAGUUCCUGCUACAGAACCUCGAUUUUCUGUCGCAGGCGCUCGAUCCGCUGAGCGAGGAGUACCUGAUCAUCUUCGACAUGCCGGGCCAAAUCGAGCUGUACACGCACAUCCCGCUGCUGCCGUCGCUGGUGGAGUAUCUGUCGCGGCAGGGCCCGCUGAACAUCAACCUGUGCGCCGCGUACCUCCUCGAGAGCACCUUUGUGGUGGACAAGGCUAAGUUUUUCGCGGGCACGCUGAGCGCCAUGUCGGCCAUGCUGAUGCUGGAGAUGCCGCAUGUGAACAUCCUGAGCAAGAUGGACCAGGUGCGGGAUAUGGUGUCGCGGAAGGAGCUGAAGCGAUUCGUCAACGUUGAUAUGCAGCAGCUGCAGGACGAGGAUGAGGACGGGGCCGCGGCGGAAGAGACGGUCGAGGGCGACCCCAGUAGCACGGAGACGGUGUUGAGCGGGGGGUCGUUCAAGCGGCUGAACCGCGCGGUGGGCCAGCUGAUUGACGACUUCAGCAUGGUCUCGUUCCUCAAGCUGGACGUGCAGGAUGAGGAUAGCGUGGCUGCGGUCCUGAGCCAUAUCGACGACGCGAUUCAGUUCCACGAGGCGCAGGAGCCGAGGGAGCCGCAGGACGAGCAGGAGGUGGAUUUCGAGGAGUGA